CCAACAUUGUUUGGGCGGCCAAAUCAAACACUGAACAUAUUUAUGUCUGUAAAUGUACAAAUAACACAAUAUAUGACACGAAACCAACAUGCUACCAAGUUCAUGACCCUUCAUAUUCAAAAAUGCUAUUGAAUUCCGUAUCGAAAAAGAAUUGCGAUGACCAAAAACGGCGUAAAGACGGUCAAAAAAUGUGUCAGUGAUGGAGCGUGAAAAGGUGGGCAGGGCUAAUUUGCGUUACCUAGGUACUAAAUACCCAUUGUUGUAAUAGUUGUAGGUAGAUAUCUUAUCACGGCCAUUGAUUUCAACAUGUUCUGACAAGUUUAUAAUCCUAGAAUGUGUGUACAUAGGUAUGACUGAAUACACAAAACAAGUUCCAAAGGACACCUGUAUGAAUAAGAGUGAACUUUAAGCUUUGAAGGAAAAAUUUAUCUGUUUGCAUUGUUUGAUUACCAAUAAUUCUUUGUACUUUUGAUCUAUUGAAUUCAUAUGCAUAUCAAACUAACACAAAGCAGCAAUUUAUUGUGAUUGAAAGUUGAACUUGAUUUUUACCAAGUUGUACAUAUCUUUAUUUAUGUUCAAUCCACAUUGUACUCCUGUAAAAUUGGACAGUAGUGGGGAAUCUGACACAAGUCAGAGUCCAGAGGAGAAAUGGAUAAAUAGACAAAGUGUAUUCAAUUAUUUAAUGUACAAAAUGGCCGAUAAUUCUGAUGCGGAUUCGGAUAACUGUGAAGAAGCUCAAGAUGACAGUCAUUUAAUAGAAAAAAUUAGACAGUUAGAAAAAGAGAAGGAAAAGCUUGCAAAAAAAAAUGCUGAAAGAUUUCGUCUUGAAAAACAGUACAAAGAGUUAAGUAAAUCUGUCAAAUCCUUAAAAGGAUCUUCAACUACCAGUCUUAGUUCUGGCUACAUGUCUAGCAGUCCAAGUCCAGGAACAUUGGAUAAAAAUAGACUUGCAGAAUCAAGUGGGUUGACAUCCAUGUUGAAUGAACAGAGAGAAAGAUUGAAAAAUUUGUCAAAUCGUCGUUCAGCUGAAACAUCCUCUUCAAGAAGAGAUGAAAGUGGUGAAGAUUCAGAAUCAGAUGAAGACAAAGAUUCGAAAAAUUUGGAUAAAGUGAUGAGUAAAGAGCACAAGUCAAAACUGCAGUCAAAUAGAGACACAUUAGUCGAGAGCAUGAUUCCUGAUGACAUAUUUAAUGACCUCAUCGCAAACAAAGUCUUGACCACUGCUGAUGUCAGUCGGAUAAAGGAGAAAAAUACAAGAGAAGCCAUGAAUGAGGAAUUGUUAAACAAUUUAGUUCGAAGGUCUGACCGAGCAUUUUAUGAAUUUGUCAGAUCUUUACAUAAAACUUUACAGGGUUACUUAGCUGACCUGUUGGAAGAUCCGAUUCCAAAACCUCCGUCCAAAAAAAGACAAAAGCGGAAAAGAGUUCCAGGUGAAUUAAGUAUUAAUGUAGACUGUGAAGAUGUGGCACCAAUCCCCAACAAGAAAAAACCUCUCUGCUCGUGUCAGGAAGUAGAAGAACAGAUCCUCAUCAUGUCAAAGACAGCAUACCUUGCAAUUCGAAGACGGGACACAACUCCAGCUGCUUUUGAACAAUUUAAAAAAGAAUUAUCACAAACUAAUGAAAUUUUAAGAGAAUCAAUGGAAGUUAUGAAUACUCUCAAAAUGUUGUGUGAACAUGGUCGUUCAAUGCAUGAUAUAUCUAAUGGAAGUAUUAGAUUUUCUUUACUUUGUAAUUCGGUAGAUGGUGCCAGAGACUUAUGGGAAAAAUAUUCCCACGGACAUUUGUUAGAUAAAUUUCAGCAGGGUCUAGUUAAUAAAAGUUUGCUCAAAUCGUGUCAUGCAAAGUGGGUCAAGUUAAAGGUCAAAAUAGCAGAAGACGAAUAUCAUCAAUGUAUUAGAGAACUAGAAAAUGGUAACCAUGGUAAUAGUCAACAAAAUGAUAACGGUUACAGAAGGACAAGAUUGAGAAGUUUUUAUAGGAAGUCAUCAGAAGAGAAUUGUUUAUCGUUUUCAUCACCAUAUUCCUGUAUACCAGAAGAUGAACCUAGGAGAGCUUUUAGAGAAUUACAAAGAAACUUAGCACUUAGUGAUCAUGUUACACAGCCGAAGAAACAAAGAAUUGUUACAGAUUGUGAAACAGUUACAGACUUUCCUCAAAGGAAUCUGUUGUAUAAUUUUAGAUUGAGGUCUAAUCAAAACCAGUUAUAAACUGGGGUUAUCUUUAUUUAUAACGAUUUCAUUGUUACGAUUGUUCAAAGUGCUUAGAUUGGUUUGAAAUAUUUAUAAAGUAUAGUUUAAUGCUAAAUUUGAACCAUUUAUAUAUUUGAUAAUACAGGGAAUUUUUGUAAAAAACUAUAUUGUAAAAAAUCAUGUAAAUGGUUGAUUUUUGAGUGUUGUGUAUACACUAUGAUAGAAAAUUGCUAUGUUCUUUUUUGUUGAUUCCGGCAUUAUAAAUGAACAAAACGGGCAGAUCCAGGUUUUUCAAAGUGACAUAAUUGUUGUUAAUAAAUUUAUUGGACGAUUUUAUACUAAAAUUUUAUAUAUAUCGUGAAAAACAUGAGAUUUUAAAUUAUUUUGACAAUCAAAAAGGGGGGCAUAAGCAUAAGGUCAUGAAAAAAAAAACUAUGGAAAAAUUAUCCCAGCAUCUUCUUUCAUUUACAUUGAAAUAGACAAUUAAAGAGAUAAUAUUGAAACAGAAGAUUUUAUCUCAAAGUUUAGAUAAAGCUUCAGUUUAGCAUAAUUGAUAAGUAAAAGCAUUGUAUAAGUUUUUAUGAUUUUAAUGAGUUUUGUCUUUAUAAUAUAUGUUAUCCAUAUUUAUUUUAGUAACUUGGGUUUACAUUUUCUUAUAAUAUAAUUUUAAAUAUGACUUUUUAAAAGGGUGACCAAUACUUUGACCAGAAAUUAAUCUUAAUGGUUUCAUUGGCAAAAUUAAGGGUUAUUUGGAGAAAAAAAACUAGAGAAGCAUGUGCGUUUUUAAUAUAUGUAUGUCAUGAAAACUUAAUUUGUCAGUCAUGUUCUAAAAUGCAUUUAAUAAAUAGUAUUUUUCUGGAGGUUUUAAGCAUAUUACAAGUUACUCUUAAAAGAGUAUUUUUUCUUUUUGUUCAUUUAUGUAAGAGUUAUGAGUGGGAAAUAAUUUUGUUGUUUAGUCUCAUUUAAAAAAUAUCGAUACCGUUAUUAAAUUUGAGUGUCAAAUGUUUAAAUUAUAUUUAGGGGCUAUAAAAAUCUCUUACGAAUAUGAAUGAAAUAUUUGCCAUUGGACAUUAUACAAACAUUAAAUCAAUCAAUCAAUUAAUCAAAAGAUUCCAUUUUCUGUUUGAUAACACUUGAUGACUGUCUUCAUUAUGAAAGUUUGAAAAUCGUACUUGUGAAAUAAACAGAAAAUAGAAGAACUGUCUGAAUGAAUUGCAGCUAUUCUGUUAUGUUAUUUCAUAUGUGUAUCCAUGAUUGUUAAUGUUUGUGUUUCAUGUUCAUUAGAAUUUCUUCUGCAUGAUUUGAGAGGGAAGUAAAAAAAUAUAUAGAAAAAAUUAUGGAGUGCAUGUGUACAUCAGAUACUGUAAAUUCAAAAAUUAUGACGUGCCUUUAUUAUUGCGAUUUUUGAAAAAUGAACAAAAAUGCGAGUUCAAUUAUUGCGAUUUUAGGAAAUAAAAUUGAGAAUGGAAAUAGGAAAUAUGUCAAAGAGACAACAACCUAACAAAGAGCAGACAACAGCCAAAGGCCAUCAAUGGGUAUUCAAUGCAGCGAGAAAAUCCCGCACCCGGAGGUGGUCCUCAGCUGGCCCCUAAUUAAAAUUGUGUACUAGCUGCAUACAGAUAUAUGUAUCUGAUAACAGAAUGUGAGAUCUUAUUGUGAUACCCAAGGAGUCACAUUAUUUGCAUUUAUACAAGCAUCGUUAUAAUUUCUGAGUUUAUAGUAUUGGUUGGCAUAUACUGUAGAUUCAUUAUGAUUCUUGGGAUACCAAUUUUCGUUUGCAUGAAUCUAAGAGUUCCAGAAUGUACAAAUUUCCUAUAGGUUUGUUAGCAGACUUAUGCAAAAUCAUGAAAUAAAAUAAAAAUACAAUUUUUCUUAUCCUGCAAAAAUAAAUGAGUCUACAGUAUGAAUAAAGGUUUAAUGUGUAGUUGGUUGGCAUAAAUUUAGAUGUGGCAAAUUCUAAUUCAUUGAUGUCUGUUGAACAAUAUUUAUGAAAAUGACUUAUAAAGUGAAGUUCAAAAUGUAGCUUUAUACAAUGUAGUUGUUAUAAAAUUUUCUAUUCUGAGUAAGGCAUGGAUGACUACUUUAGUCAGGCCUGGUAGUGUUAUAUUUUAAUCAUGCAGAGUUGUAGAUUUGAUUCCAGGUAUUUAUAUUUGUUUUCCCAGAUUUUUAUUAAAUUGUUGAUGAAUUUAAUGUAUUUGAUGUGAAACUAUAAAAAUUGAAAACA